GGUGGGGAUGCAUUUUUCCUUCUUGCCUGGGGCGCUAAAUGAGCUAGCUACACAUACAUACAUGUGUUUCCAUAUACAUGUAGUAAACACUACUACAGGCCUUUGUGUAUUUGCAUUUGGGCAUUAACACCCAUGCGUCUACACACCUAAAAAUAGAUACUGUACACGCAAGUGCGUAUUGUACACGCAACGGUAAUGCAAGUGAUUAAAGCAUUAUGUGUGUCAGCUGGUAGCCUUUUUUUACCGGUUACAAUCUGUGUGUCCAGCUCCUGUGAUUGGUAGAAAUAAUUUCUUGCUUGAUUGCGUCAGGGCUAGAUACGCGUGCCCUGCUCGCGAUUGGCAAGCGCCUAGCCCCCUCCAGCUCAGCUCGCGUUGGACGUCACUGCAAGCGCUGUGCGGAAUCUUAAACAGCUCCAUCCCUCUCCAUUCAUGAAUCUCCCGUGACGUCAAAGGAACCCUGGACUCUCUUUGCAGUGGGCUGCAGUAUUGAGUGGGUGGUAUCUCCCCCUUUCACUUGUAUUCUCCAUAACCCUAUGCAUCUCCCGAUAUUUGUGUUUCCUGGUGCUUUUCAGAGUCAACCUCUUCUUGGCAUUCUUAAAGCCGCAAUAUGGACACCAGCCUUAUGCAGCAAUGUGCAUGUGUCCUACACACCAGGAAGAAGUUAAGUUGAAGAAAUUCUUUUAAGAGGUGGAAUCUGGAGGUUUAAUGCUCCAUUCAAACUAAUGGUACCAUGGCAAGUCCUCAUGAGCCCUUGAGCUGGUCACCUCCCAAGUUUUUAGUUGAUUCUAUAAGGGAUGAUAAAGACUAUAUAGCAACAUUCAGUGACCAUACCAACCCCAGCCACCACCUUACAGAAACUCAAGAUAAGCAUGAUGGCCUGGAGAAUGCCAGCAGCCCGAUCACUGCUGCUGUCCUGACCUCCAUCAGUGAGGACUCCCGAGACCAGUUUGAGAACAGUGUCCUGCAGAUAAGAGACCAGGACGAAGCAGAGAACUGUCCACCCCAGGGUAGCAGUCAUUCAGGAGAUGGAGUGAACAGCAGUGGUACUGAGGACAUCAGAAUACAUUUUAGCCACUCUGGGAGUGGAAAUGGUGGCUUCCUAGAGGGGCUUUUUGGCUGUUUAAGGCCUGUGUGGAAUAUCAUUGGGAAGGCCUAUUCUACCGACUACAAACUACAACCACAAGACACCUGGGAGGUUCCUUUUGAAGAGAUUUCAGAGCUGCAGUGGCUUGGGAGUGGAGCCCAGGGCGCGGUUUUUUUGGGCAAGUUCAGAGGAGAAGAGGUUGCCAUCAAGAAAGUUAGGGAGCAAAAGGAAACAGACAUUAAGCAUCUGCGGAAGUUAAAACAUCCCAACAUCAUUGCGUUCAGAGGCGUUUGUACACAGGCCCCCUGUUAUUGCCUUAUCAUGGAAUACUGUGCUCAUGGUCAACUAUAUGAGGUGCUUCGGGCUGGGCGAAAAGUUACCCCCAAACUGCUAGUGGACUGGUCAACUGGCAUUGCUAGUGGCAUGAACUACCUCCACUUGCACAAGAUCAUCCAUCGGGACCUCAAAUCGCCAAACGUCCUGGUCACCCACACAGAUACAGUGAAAAUUUCUGACUUUGGUACGUCAAAGGAGCUUAGUGACAAGAGCACCAAGAUGUCCUUUGCUGGUACCGUGGCCUGGAUGGCUCCUGAAGUUAUCCGCAAUGAACCUGUGUCUGAGAAGGUAGACAUCUGGUCUUUUGGGGUUUUGCUGUGGGAGCUGCUUACUGGAGAGAUCCCUUACAAGGAUGUAGACUCAUCUGCCAUUAUUUGGGGUGUUGGCAGCAAUAGCCUUCACCUUCCCGUUCCCUCAACUUGCCCUGAUGGAUUCAAAAUCCUCAUGAAGCAGACAUGGCACAGUAAACCUCGCAACCGACCAUCAUUCAGACAGAUUCUGAUGCACCUUGACAUUGCGUCAUCUGAUGUUCUGGGCGCACCUCAAGAGACAUAUUUUAAAUCACAGGCUGAGUGGAGGGAAGAAGUAAAAAAGCAUUUUGAAAAGAUCAAAAGUGAAGGGACCUGCAUUCACCGUCUAGAUGAAGAGCUGAUCCGCAGACGCAGAGAAGAACUAAGGCAUGCACUGGAUAUCCGUGAGCAUUAUGAACGUAAGCUUGAGAGAGCCAACAACCUGUAUAUGGAACUAAGCGCUAUCAUGCUGCAGCUAGAAGUACGUGAGAAGGAGCUCAUCAGGCGUGAACAGGCAGUAGAGAAGAAAUAUCCCGGGACGUACAAGCGCCAUCCUGUUCGAACGAUUGUCCACCCUAAUGCUGUUGAGAAACUUAUAAAAAAGAAAGGUGCUUCUUCCAAAACAGCAUCUCAAACUAAGAGGCCAGACCUUCUUAAGUCAGAUGUCAUUGCCAGCAUCGAAGGAAGUGCAUCUCCGGUUUCUGGAAGUCCAAAGAUAUCAUCAACAGGGGGGAAGAACCGUUAUCGCAGCAAGCCACGUCAUCGGAGGGCCAACAGCAAGGGCAGCCAUACUGACUUUUUGGCUAUUCUGAAACAGCAGGAAUCUAAUUCUCCUCCCCUGCCUUCUACUCAUCAUCACCAUUCACCUCCUUCUCUGUUUAUGCCAAGCAACCCAAACCAUGAACCUUCUCAGCCUUUGGUGUCACGCCAUCAAAGUCUAAAUGUGCAUGGCCAGAACAUUGCAAACUGUGCAAACAGUCUCCGCUACUUUGGACCAGCAGCUGCACUUCGCAGUCCCCUGAGCAAUCAUGCUCAACGAUGUAUGUCUGGCUCUAGCCCUGAUCUUCUCUCCAGCACCCUUGAAGCUGAUAGUCACAUUCGCUCUGUAAUUGACUUGGAGUGUUGCACUCAGGUUCCUUACAAGCCUUGUCCAGACUUUGCAGAGGCAUCAGCUCAUCAAAACAUAGAGUCUACUGCUUGGGAAAUUUCUAAAGUAGGAAACAAUAAACUGACAUCAGAAGGAAACCAACCAGAAUCCCCUAGCCACAGCAACAUGCAGGAAAGAAUUGAAACUCCAAGAAACAGAGAACACUUUAGCAGUAUCAAGGCAGCUGUGGUUGUGGGCUGUCUGAAGGCACCCAGCCCUCCUUCACUGUCACGUAGGAUACACUCCCUGCAAAAGCAUGGUGAUGAAUCGUCAGAAGAAGAGGAAGGAGAAGUGGACAGUGAGGUAGAAUUUCCACGGAGACAUAGACCUACCCGGGGUAUGGUCACCUGUCAGUCAUAUUCCACUUUCAGUUCUGAAAACUUCUCAGUGUCUGAUGGUGAGGAAGGGAACACCAGUGACCACUCCAAUAGCCCAGAUGACAUGGCUGGGGCCCGCAAGGAUUACUUGGGUGACAAGUUUGAGGAUAUACUUUCCCAGACUCCAGAGAUUCCCAUAGAAAUCUCCACACAGUCAGAUGGGCUUUCUGACAAGGAAUGUGCAGUGAGAAGAGUCAAAACUCAGAUGUCACUGGGUAAACUUUGUUCGGAGGAGCGCAACUACGAGAAUGGAGUAAACUUCCCAGAGUCAGACUGUGAUUCUUCAGAUGGGGACUGCUCUGAUGCCACGGUACGAACCAACCAACCUGGCAGCUCCUCCAACUGGUGAAUAAACAAAGUCUUCCAGGAGCAUUGCUUUCCCUUACAUGCCCAAUGUCACUCACCAGAAUUAUCCCCAUAAGUUCUACAUAAUCGUUCAUCCUUUGGUUUAACACCUAUCCUUCUGGACAGUGACACCAAUGCAUUGCAAAGGGAUACAUAGUUAAUUAUCCAGUCUGUAUAACCCUGCAGGAAUAGUUAACUGUGUAUCUAUACAUUCACACUUGCAAUAAAAAGGGCCCAAAGACUCCUGAGAGGAUUCUCCAAAAAUGAACAAACCUCUCAGAGAAUGGCAGGGGAACUAUUUUCACAAAAAACUCUAGGUGCUGUAAAAUGCCAUAGUUAUUGUUAUUAUUGUUUGUGUUUGGACCCUUUUUACUGUAAGCAAGAGUUAAUUGUGAAUUUAUUAGAACACUAAAAUAAUGUAUCAGAGGAGGAAAACAUGAUUCUUGAGGACGUACAGGAGGAGGAUAUGCUGCUGGUUUUUUAGGGACCAAUUAUUUUUGUUAAUUAUGACUUAAUGACUCUCUGAAGAUUGAAGAGAACAAAUACAAUUUAGAACAAGAAACAAAGAAACGUGUAGAACAUUUUGUGGAUAUCUUGGUGACAGUGUGUUUCAGUAGUAUCCAUUUUUUUUCCCGGAGAAAGUGAGCACAAAGUAAAAUGAAGGCGCUUUGACAGAAGAAAAAAAA